GACAACGACGCUUCCAGCCUGCUGCCCUCGCACAAAGCCAGCCUGGGCCCGUUCACACGCCGUCGCCGCUGCACUGGGUCUCAUUUAAUUUCCAGAGAGCAAAAAAACCGAGAGCCAUGACACUGGCCGCACCACCCGUCAUCGCAGACACGGAGUAGCGCUUCCAGAGCUACACAAACCACCAUGUUCUCCAGCUUGCUGCGGCCCAAGCGGGGUCGGAGACGCUCAAGCGCAAGACCGCUCCUGUUCACCGGCUUCCAGGCCUUUCGAAAUACCACUCCCUCCGCAGAGGACACGGCGUCGGAAGAGCAUGAGGACAGCGACGAGAAUGGCGACGACGACGACGAGUACGACGACGCGGACGGGUAUGAUGACGACAGCGAGGGCGAGCAGAAUGCUGCCCAGCCCAUCUUGCCCAUCUUCUCCGCGCCCGUUCUAGACAAGAUCCCUAUCUACCAUCUCCAGCACAGCAUCCGGCUCCUCGUCAUGCAGAAAUGCGAGACCACCCUGUCGUGGGACCAAUUGCGUUCGCCCCAGGUGUCGCAGUUUCUCGUCAAACCCAUACAGCAGAAGAUAAGAGACAGCCAUCUGAACCGUGGCACGCUGUACGCCUUGCUGGCCAACUGCCUGCAGUUUCAAAAGGAUGGCCAGAUGAACCCCGGCAGCAUCGGCGUCUUUCGCACCAGGGCCGUCUUGUGCGAGCUGCUAGCCAUGCGCAUGCUGCGCGACUCCAACACGCGCGAGCUCAUCGACGCCCUCUUCUACGACUUCGAUCCCAUGCAGGGCGUUGCUCCCGCCCCAGGUACGGCCACGCCUCGCUCCCGUCAGCACGCCCGCAUUUCUGCCGUCGAGAUUGCCAUUCGUGCCCAAGCCAAGCGCUUUCUCGCCCACCCUCUCGUCGUUCAGCAGCUCGAGGCCAUCUGGGCAGGCGCCAUCGUCUUUCACUCAGCCGCCGACACGCUGCACCGCAGGCCCCCGCAGGGAGCGCCUUUUGCCACGGACUACGGGACGCUUCGGUCGCCCGAGUCGGCGCGCACCAUCACGCCGAGUCAGCCUCAGAAGUGGCAUGUCGAACAGCUUGGUCCGCCCCUCGUGCGUAGAUCUGUCAGCCUGUACGACCCAUCCGACGCGUCCCCAUUCAAGCUCUCUCGCCUCCGCGUCCCGCGGUAUCGUCAACUCUUCUCCACCCUCUCGUACGCUAUCAUGCUUGGCCUCUUCCUCGCCGUGCUGAUCGAACACUCUUUGUACAUAACACCCCUUGAGAUCGUUUUCUGGUUCUGGUCUGCCGGCUACAUGCUCGACGAGCUCGUCGGCUUCACCGAGCAGGGCUUCGGCCUGUACAUCCUCAGCGUGUGGAACGCCUUCGACAUUGGCAUUUUGCUCAUGUUUUUAUUCUACUACGGUUGUCGGCUGUACGGCCUUGUCUCUGGAAAGCACCACACCGCCAGCCUCGCAUACGACGUCCUGGCCUCGACAGCCGUCCUGCUCUUUCCGCGCCUGUUCUCCGUGUUAGACCAUUACAGAUAUUUCAGCCAGCUGAUGAUCGCCUUCCGGAUGAUGGCCCUUGACUUGUUCGCCAUACUCAUUUUAAUCGUCAUCGCCUGCAGCGGGUUUUUUGUUGCCUUCACCCUGGCAUUUCCUGUCAAUCUCACGCCGGGCGAGACCGCAUACGCACUCUUCCAGCUGCUCAUGGGCUUCACGCCAGCCGCGUGGGAGAUUUGGGACGGCUACAAUCUGCUCGGCAAAGCUAUUCUUACCCUGUUCCUCAUCAUCUGUCACUUUCUCAUCGUCACGAUCCUGAUCACCGUUCUGACCAACUCGUUCAUGGCCGUCGUUCAAAACGCGAACGAGGAGCACCAGUUCGUGUUUGCCGUCAACACAAUGUCGAUGGUCAAAUCCGACGCGCUCUUUUCCUACAUUGCCCCGGCCAACGUAAUCGGCUGGCUGCUCACGCCGCUUCGGUACAUCAUGCCCUUUAGGCAAUAUGUCAAGCUCAAUCGCACCGUUAUCAAGGUGACUCACAUGCCGCUUUUGCUGGCGAUCUGCGUCUACGAGCGCCUCGUUCUUUCACGAAGAACAUUCGAGCCUCUGGACCUUGUGGAACAGCGCGGCCGGCACAAGAGCCGAGUCCCCGCUGCAUUUGCAAUCGCGAAAGACGCUGAACUAUUCAGUCCAGGGGCACGACUUCGAGAGCCGUCCGUGACGACAUUUCGCAAAGACAGAGCAUUGGAGGAAGUCUUUCGGCGUCCUUUUAAAGGAACGACGGCUCGUAUUGAGGAGGAGCAGGCGAAGUCCACGACCGUGGUCCAAGACUGGAUGCGAGCCAUGGGGGAAGGAGGGGCUGGAUCUCCCGUCGAAGAGCCUAGGGAUGUUCUCGACAAGCUAGAGACACGUAGACCCACUUUCAGACGGCACCGAACGGCGCAGGGCUUGUACGCUCAUCGCCACGGCUCCGGCAUGGCGCCUUCUGCGGUCUCAGAUCCGGAGGAUGCUCGAACUUUGCCCGUUCGCGUGUUCGACGCCUUCCGUCACACAUCCGCAGCUAGUGCUUCCAUGGACGAGCUUCCGCAGCAGACGGACGAAGAUGCUGGAGACGAAAUGGCUUCGAACGAGGACGAUGAACACCGCAGCGACGACGAGCCUUCAAACCGCAAUGAACCUUUGGCAGCUACCACGAGACACCUGAAGCAGGGCGAGAGUCGGUCCGACCUCGACAAAGAUGAUUAUUUCCGUACUCCCACCGCGUCCAAAUCGCAGACGCCCAUGUUCCACACGGCAGCCACGCAACAACGUCCGAGGUCGCCUCCUUCCGAAGAGUCCCCCUCGCGUCCGAGAACGGCGCAAAGGCGCACGCACAAGCACUCGCGCAACGCUUCGUCUGCAACCAUCCUUUAUUCGCCGCUAAACACAGACGUGGAUAGCAGAGCGAAGACGCCACCAAAGCCAGGUUCGCCUACGAAACGGAAGCCAAACGCAGGUCAUGGCGGUACAGGAAUGCGCAGCGGAACGGUGACACCGUCGGGGCGUCGUGCAGCUCCUACCCUACAACCACUCGCCUCAGUCACCAACCCCGCCAGCAAACCUCGCGCCAUCCUUCCGCCGCGAGACGAUCGCGAGUCGAACCACAACCUGGCCAGUUUUCUAGCCAUCAACAGUGGAAGGAGAGAACCCUCAUUCAAUGCGCGAGCUCUGGAUCUGGCUUCUGACCUGGGCGACAACCGGGCCGGCCCAAGCGUCAACAUUCUCGAAGCGCUGCCGGCCAGCUUUGGCACGCAAAUGGAAAUGAGCAUGAGGCGCCAUCAGCAGCACCAUGGAGUUGGCGACGGCGACGGCGACACUGCCAGAAGGCUGAACAAACUUGUGCUGGCGAGGAUGUCGACUCUCGAACAAGGUUUUGCGGAGGUCCUGCGCGAGGUCAAGGGGCUAAGUCGGGGCGCCAGCACGAGAGGCAACAGCAGCGUCGAGGGCGACUCGAAGAGCAAAAGCAAGCGCAAAACGCAGGCCGACAAGUCCGAGCGGCACAGGCCGAAGAGCAUGGUAGAGUCGACGUCGCGCGCUGACGACGCCGCUGGUCCAGACGCGAGCGCUCAGAACGCGGACCACGCACCGACCUCCCCGUCCGGGUCGCUGAAGCUGGACAGUUAGAAACCGAUGUUUGGACAUUUUUUUUUGUGUGUUUUGCACUUUCGAUCACGGUAGCUUCCACAGUGUUUUGUUGUCCUUUCGAUCACUGUGGCUUUUUGUUCUCGCAUUUACACGGGCCUGUUCGCCGAGCCAAAUCUGUUAUUUUUUUUUUUUUUUU